UGUGUCCAGCUGUCAAACUUGCGAACGAGGCGAAAGUUCAGUGUGUCAAGUUUUCUAAUUUGUUUCAUAUUUCAUCGUUAUGUCGAAAGACACAAACCCGAAAGAGGCGCUUAUAAAAGCGGCUUAUGCUGAUGUGCAUAAGUUUGGCAGCAAUCAGGAAUACGACAAGGCGGUCAAAGCCGUUAAUCGCAUUCUUGGCGUUGCACCAGAGGAUCAGACGGCGCUCCAUUGCAAAGUUGUCUGCUUGAUGCAGUUAUCAAAGUUCGAUGAGGCGCACAAGUUCAUCGAAAAGAACCGGCUCAAUGGUGUGCUGACAUUUGAGAAAGCCUAUUGCGAAUAUCGCCUAAACAAACAGCAGCAGGCUCUAAAAACCAUCGAUGAUGGUGCAACAGAGCAACCGCUGGAGCCCAAGUUGAAGGAGCUGCGCACCCAGAUCCUCUACCGUCUGGAGCGCUACGAGGAUUGCCUCGACGCCUACAAGAGCAUCAUCAAGAACAGCAGCGAUGAGUUCGAGGAUGAACGACGCACCAAUCUCAGCGCAGUGGCCGCCAACUUGGCGCUGGACAAGGAUAGGGAGGUGCCCGAGGUACCGGAAGAUACGUACGAGCAGUACUUCAAUAGCGCCUGCAUCCAAUCCAAUCGCCUCAAAUAUGUCGAGGCUGAGCGUAAAUUGCGCACCAGCGAGAAGCUGUGCCGUGAUUUCCUCGAAGAGGAGGGCGCUAGCGAGGAGGAGAUACUCGAGGAGGUCGAUGUGAUUCGCGUGCAGUUGGCCUAUUGCCUGCAGCAGCAGGGCAAAAUUAAGGAAGCAAGUCUUAUCUAUGCGGAUUGCUUGCGUCACAAGCCCAAGGAUGCGGCUUUGGUUGCUGUGGCCAGCAAUAAUGCGGUGGUCAUCAACAAGGAUCAGAAUGUCUUUGAUUCCAAGAAGAAGAUACGCGCCGCAAUGGCCGAUGCCUGUGAGCCCAAGUUGACUUCCCGUCAAAAGCAGAUAAUCGCCUUGAACAACUGCUUGUUGGCUCUUUAUACCAAUGCCAGCGAUCAGGUGCAGCAGUUGACGCAGAAACUGGCCCAGUCAUACCCGCAGAUGGAGUUUGAGGCGCUGCUCAUCCGUUGCAGCCAGCUCGGCAAGGACAAGAAGCACAAGGAGGCCAUCGAGCAGCUGCAAAAGUUUGCCGGAACGCACAAAACGCACGAAUUUGUCAGUAAAUUUGCCAUAAUUCAAUUGCAGCUGUUGCAGGGCAAUCGCAAGGAUGCCAUUGAGACGCUGCUCUCGCUGGGCGAGUCCAAGUACAAGCCAGGCGUUGUCUCGGCACUCGUCUCCCUUUACCUGGGCACGGACAAUAAACCGGCGGCGUCGGCUCUCCUCAAAUCCGCCGUCGAAUGGUAUAAACUGAAUAAUGUUAGUAGUGGCGAUCUGUCCGACAUGUGGCGGCAGGCGGCCGAGUUUCAUUUGCGUGGUGGUGCCUCGGAGACGGCGGCCAGUUCGCUGGAGGAGCUGCUCAAGCUGAAGCCCAACGAUAUGAAGGUGCUCGCUCAGCUCGUCAUUGCCUAUGCCCAGUUCAAUCCCAAACGUGCGCUGGAAAUCAGUCGCCGUUUACCCAAGCUGGAAACGUUGACAACUGCCUCGGAGAUCGAUGCACUUGAAUCGGCCAACUGGGUCAUGUCCACCAAGGCAGCGAAGAAGACGGCCAAUGCUAAAGUGGAGCCGUCGCCGAGUACGCCUGCCACCGACAAGAAAAAGAAUGCGCAUCGCAAGCGCAUGGGCAAAUUGCCCAAGAAUUAUAAUGACGAGGUGGCUCCUGAUCCGGAACGUUGGCUGCCCAAAUACGAACGCACCGGUUUCCGCAAGAAGCGUGGCGGUGCUCGCGCCAAGGACAUCAUCAAGGGCUCCCAGGGCAUGGCCUCCGGUGCCGCCGACCAGUACGACAUGUCGAAUCGCGUCAAUCUGAGCAAGAACUCGCCGGCGACGCCUGUGUACCAGGAGCCGACACCAGGACCGAGGCAACAGCAUCGCAAGGGUGGCCACAAGAAGAAGAAGGGUGGACGCUUCUAAGUGUGGGCAAAUCAUGUACUGCUUACGCACUGUAUCCAAGCUACAUAUAAUAUAUAUAUAUAUGCAAAUAAAUUGGUAAUCCUUGA